GUGAACGGUAUCAAAGCCACUAAAUCACAAACUGAAUGUUAGCCGACGACUACCCAGAGCUCCUCAAGCCGGUGGUGUUGCAACCUUCGAAAUCAAAGGAGCUGAUAAAGUUACCCCCAGGGUUCUCUGAGAAGGUUUCAGUCAAGAAGAAUACUGUGGAGGUCAAACAACCUCCCAAUCUUGAUGAAUUGAAGAACAGAAAAGCGUGGGAAAUGGCAGUAGGCCCAGCCAAAUCCAUUCCCAUGAACUUGGUAAUGAGUUAUAUGACCGGAAACUCGUUGCAGAUGAUCCCAAUCAUGAUGACGUUGAUGUUGUUUCUAAAUCCAUUGAAAGCUAUUUUCAACGAUACCAACAAGAUGUUCAAGCACCUAGAAACAGAGAAAAAUUCGGCUGUCAUUCUACAAGCAAAACUCGUGUUUGUGGUAUGUCAGUUGGCGUGUAUGUCGAUAGGUAUAUGGAAGUUGAACCUGAUGGGCCUUAUUCCUAAAAGUGAUGCUGACUGGUUAUCGUUUAAGAAGCCUACGACGUUUGCCGAGACUAUUCGUUUAUUAAGUUGAAUCAGGUAGACUUUUCAUAUAUCUGUUGCAAGUUGUAUUUACAGAGUUUCUCAUAGUCGUCAACAACACUCAUACCUAUGCUUGUUUUAUAGCAUUCAAUCAAUAUUAAUUUAUGGUAGUUUUUCAAGUCCACCGAAUGCCCAUGAUCUCUUCCCACCAUUUCUGCAACUGUCUUGAUAAUUACAUCUUUUUCGAUGGCAUUGAAGUUUCUUCUCGUCACGUUGAUGGCAAACUUUACAGGAACUUGGUCAUUUUCUUGAUGAAAGUGAGGUGCAAGCACUCUAGUACAAAGUUUCUUAAGUUCUUCAAUACUUGCUGACACCGUAAAAGUAACUGGAGUUAACUUCUGGGUAAAUCUGGUGGUCUUAAUCUUGCUGCGGAAACUGUCCUGACAUACUUUUUUACAAAACAACUCGGGUUCAAUGGGUUUUUUGGUCUUGAUGAACACCAAACACUCGCAUUCUAAGUUCAACGCAGAAAACAACGAUUUUUUCGACUUGGUGUCCUUUAAGUCCUCCACUUCCUUCUUGAUCUGAUCCUCUAUCGAAAGUUCCUUUGGUUCUUCUCCAUCAGUUUCCUCGUCAUCUUCUACAGCUGAUAGGUCAUAAUACUCUUCAGCCUUUUCGGUGAACAAAUUCAUAAGUUCCUUCACACAACCUUUCUCUUUGCCCCUCGUACAAGUGGCAUAUAUUCCUGUGGUGUUGGGUUCUAUAAUGGCAGAGGCCUUGAACUUCUUGUGAUUUCUUUUCCCUCCGUUAUCUGCUUUUCUCUUACCCAUACCUGC